AUGACGGAGACAAACAGUAAAGAGCAAGAUGUUUUUGAGCUUCCGGGUCAGGUCGGACGAAAAACAGGAUUUCGAAUGACCAGAACACCAAAGAAGGACAAAAAUGGACUCGAGAAUUUGGAGGAUUUUUUCCUUUCCGAUGAUGAGUAUAGUGGUUCGGAAUCGGUGAAGCCUGCGGAAAGUAUCAGAAGACUGAAGAUACGGCGUGCAAAAGUACAUAAAAUAGCACUACCAGAGCCACAGGUUGUUGAAGUAAGCGAUGAUGAUGUUCCAAAGGCAUAUUCAAGUUCUGGAGACGAGAGUGACGACAAUGAAGAUAGCCGAGCGGAUGAAUUGAUUAAGUCGGCAGCAGUUUUUGGCUCUCCUAUAAAACCUAGUUUUCGAGGAGUAAAUUCAGAAGAAAAUUCGAGUAAUCACGAAUUAGAAUCAGAAAAUGACCAAGUGCCUGACGAGGAUGCAGAUAAAAUAGUUCAACGACCAAAAAGCAAAGACAAAGUCGCAUCCGUGAAAUCACCUGAAAAUAAUGCUACAGUUGAUCCACUCUCGAAAUCUUCUGACAGCUCUAAGCGAUUGCUUAAGAAUUCGUCUAGUCUGACGAAACAAAUUGCAUUACAUCAGAAAGGUCGCUCAAAGAAGUUUGACUAUAUAUCUGUCUCUAGCGAUGAGGAUGAGCAACUGAUAGAUGGCAAGAAAGAAAGUAUCGAUAAGGACAAUAACUCCGGUGAUGAAGUCAUAGCACAGCAGAGUAAAAGCAUAGUUCGAAACAGCCUUAAAUCUGCAAAGAGAUUAUCUUCUGAGGUGAAUAAACCAUCUAAAACCAUUGAAACAAGCACCAAAAAUUCUAAUGCGAGAAGUAAAAUCAAAGCCAAGAACCAAAGCAAAGCUAAACAAUCAAGACGACAUAAACCAAAGCCACAAACUAGUAUUCAAAAGCCAAUUAGACAUUCCACCCGGACGAAAGUGAAACCCGUUGCAUGGUGGAGAAAUGAACGCGUUGUGUAUAAAAUGAAAAAAGAGCAUGGGGCUUAUGUCAGAGAAGUUGAAAAUGUCGUUCAUAGACCUGAUGACCUAACUGUGGAUAACGAGCGUCGCUUAAAGCGAAUUGAAGCUCGAUCUCCAUCACGUUCCCCUAAAAGGCGUCGCAAGUCACACAGCAUAACCAAUCGAACUAGAGUUGUACAUAAGGCCUCCCAAAAUCCGGAAAAUCUAAUUAUCGACUUGGAUGCUGAUGUGGGAGCAGCAUACGGUGAGAACAAUGAUCUCAAUGGUCGGGUAUAUUCGACUGUACAAAAAGGUGACGAGAAAGAAGAAGAACAAGAAAGUACUGUUUCUCGUCGUGAAUCAUUAGAAAAUAAUCAUAGAAGGAAGUCAACCUCUGGAAGUGUCCGUUUGAAUGCUCGAGAAGCAAGAUGGAUGAAGGAUAAAUCCUUAACUAUUCCCGUUUUCGAUGGCCCAGGUUCUGAGAAACAGAUUGAAAGAACGGUUGCGUGGGCUCCGAACCAAUCAAAGAAUAUUACAAUUAUCAGGAACAAGAAGGAAUACUUUAAAAUUAAAACAUUAUUUGAUCAAGAUGUUGAGUUUAGUGGAGCAGGAAUAUUAGAACUUCCUGUCAAUUCCCGAAAGUCUGUCAAAUCAAAUGAAGAUACAUACUUUGUGUUUUAUGUUAUCGAUGGAAAAUUGGAAGUUUCUAUAUCGCAUAAUGUUUUUGUUGUUACCCAAGGAAGCUCCUUUGAAAUUCCGAUGGGAAACUUUUAUCGCUUUGAGAAUAAGGGUGAUAAGCCAGCAAAGCUCUUUUUUGUUCAAUCAAAAUAUGUUGUGGUUGCUGAUCCUGAUGAUAGUGAUCUUCAAAGUGCAGAGGAAUGA